AUGGCGGUUCUGCAGCAGUCCACAAGCGCGUACUCUAUAAUCUUCGUGUCUCGUGCCGCAUCAGAAUGCUUGGAGACGUUGUUUGUUGAUGCAGACGAACUGACGCAGUUUACGCUGAGUGUGUAUGAGCUGCUGUGCGUUCGGGAUGCCGGCCUGAACGCGGCGGCUAAGCUGGCGCUGCGUCAACUCGUGUGCGUGGCCGUUCAAAGGGGUUAUCAGUACUCCCACACGUUGGCCCAGAUGCCGUCAAGUGUGUGCGUAUCGUGCUCCUCCUCGAUUCAAGCUGGUGAUCAAGGCGAUCGGCUUCGCGUAGGCUGCGAGGUGCUCGCCGACCUUGUCAUCACGCUGAGUGAACGGCGCAUGACCACCUUUGCCACUGACGUGAGCAUUGCGAAGUCCUUCCGCGAUGACCACCUCCUCAGUGUUUUCCGAUUAGCCGUUCGAGUAGUGAAGGAAGUGCAGCCGAGCUGUCGAACGGUCGUGGCAGCCGGGCUUAGGCUAGCGCGACACGUGCUAGAGUUCGACUUUGCGUGCGACACCAUGCAAACAGAGGCCGAGGAGAAUCCGGUGACGAGAACGUAUCCAGAGAGCUGGGGAGCAGACCUCGUGGACGUGCAGCUGAUGGACCGGCUAUGGUUUUUGUACCGAAUUCCCGACCUGGAGCCGGACGUGGCGCAGACAUUGCUGGAGGUACUGACCUCGUUGGUGAGCCUGCGCAAAUCGUUCUUCACUGACGUCGAGCUGCGACCGUGGUGGUACGCAAUAGUCCUGCUACAGACGCACCUCGUCAUGGAGCGCUUCCUGCACCUGGAGGACGAGGAGACGCUCAGCGCCUUCGCGCGACUUCUCAAUCGCAUGAAGCCCAACUGCGACAUCAGUGAACUCAUGCAGCUGGCGGAGUUCUCGCCGUGGCUGCGGUCCCUCUGCAGCUUCACAAGACAGUGUCUGGCCAACUGGAAGCACGCCUCGACAUCACUAUUGUCCCUGCUGAGUGUAUGGGGGCGCCUUAUCGAGGCCAAGUCGUACGCCACGCAGGAUACGGCGGAGAUGCUGCAUUGCGGCUUGCAGGUGGUUGGUUGCUACCUUGAAUGCCUUCACAGCCGCGUACAAGCGUUCACGAUGGAGCUGGCUAAGUUCAUGAACAGCGACAGCGCCGCCAUGCGGCAGGCGAACUCCAAUAGCAUGCCAGUCGAGUACAUGCUGGACGACGACGAGGAGGGGGUCCGACUUGAAGUCGAGUUUCUCGUGAAGGUAGUGAUGGGAUGCGGCGAGGAAGGCUGGAAGAUGCUCGAGGCCAACUCGGAACGGGUCAGUCGAUCCGUGUUGGCACACGUGCGCUCGAACGCUUCUGCUGUCUCGGUCGACCACAUCUUGCUUAUGGAGGAAGCGGCAUGGUCUCUGCAUCUGCUGAGCGCCGCACUGCACUCCGACGGCGCUAUCGACAGUGGUGCUGUCCGCGUUCUUGCCAUGCUGUUGCACAGCCUCAUACUGCUUCAGCGCUUCUCCACCCAUGUCGUAUUUCUUGACAGCGUCCCUGGCUCCGUUCGCGGGCAUGUCGCGGCGGCAACCACGCGCGCUCUCGCCGCGAUCCUCUCCAAGACCGUGUCGGUGUACGUGGUGUCCAACCGUAAGACCUCUGCCUUUGUCGAGCAGCUCAGUAGCCAGCUGCGGCAGUGCGGGGAGAUGGACACAGCAAGUACGUUUGGUGCCUACUUUCUGAAUGUUGCCGUCCACGCGCUGUGGACGAUACUCAGCGCGACAAACAUGCCCGACGAGGUGCGCGUGGCGGCACUGCAGCUGUUGGACGAGUGGACCUCCACCUCGAGUGUGUUGCGGCUGCUCAAGGAGACGUGCUCGUAUACGUAUCUGAUGAACCUCCACAACGAAUCCAUCCCAGCCCCACUGCAGCACCCGGUAGCACUCAAGGCGCGGUACCUGUUUAUUCGAUGUGUGGCGCAGGUGCGCUUCCUCGACGCCUCCGCACUCACAGACUCUGUAGUAAACACCCUCAUGGAGCCGGUGCUGGCGCGCAUUUCACAGGCAGUGUACGGGGCCGCCACUGGCGGGUCUAGCGCGGAGAGCACUAGCUGCCUGACGCUGGCGCUCUGCGAUAUGCGCGGCAUCCUGAGCUGCACGGAGCGCCGACCGUACCGAGUGGUGAUGGACAUGAUCGAGCCUUUUCUGUAUCCUGUGGCCGACGCCGUGCUACAAGAGAGCAGCUGCGGCGAGGAGACUGUAACGCAGCUCCUGGAGUUGGUGAAUGAGAUGGCGCUGAACAAGAACCAGCGUAUUGUCUUUGGGGCACAGAGCGCGAAACCCGUGCACAUAUUUCGCUAUGUGAGCCGGGUGGUGGUGCGCUCCGCACGGCUCGUCCAUCUUGUCUUGGGGAGCAGCGCAACGGGACCAAGCGCCCACACCCCGUCGCCACCGCUGGUGGAGUGGGGGUGGAAGGUGAUGCGGCUGGGUCUCUUGGCAGCGCACCACAUUUUGCAGGGAGGGUGGUGCAACUUGGGGGUGCUGCAGCUCUACGAGGACGCGGCGCUGACGAACCUGCUGUCUAGUGUGUGGGGCCUGCUAUGCAGGUUGCCUGUACAUGAGUACAUGGUGCGCUCGAAGGUGUGCUCGGCUGUGAUCAAGGUGGUGAACGUGCUGGCCGCACGUUUCUUCCACGACUUCUGGGCGAAGCAGCCGCCGCCGGAGGUGUUCACUGUCGUUGGCUUUGUGGAAUCGCUUGCCUUUCCGGCCAGUAUCAACGCCGUCGAAGCCGCACAGCAGAAUGACGCGCUGCAGGCGAUGGACCGCCUCGUGAACUGCUGUUGGGUGCGCACUGCGUAUCCGAUAGAGGAUUUGCAGCAGGCGGCCGUCAUGAAGUCGACGCUGCUGCGUGCAGACGCAAUGGUGUUUCACCGCCUUGUCACAUGCGCGCUCGAGCGCUCCGUAGCGGUUGACAACCACGGAAUGAGGAAGUUGCUGCUUCCUCUGUUCUACGUGGAGGGCAGCGCUGUGGGCGAGGUGGCGCAGUACUUCUGCUCCCGUGCCACGACGCCGGCCGCCGCGCACGCGUUGCAGGUACAGUUCUCAGAUAUUCAGCGCCACGUCACUGAAAACGGCGACAUCACCAGCAAGACAGUGGAUGAGCUUGCAAACGCCCUGCACACACUCAUGAGCACGCUGAAGGAGUCGCUCUAA